AUGAACACUAGCGACAACCAUAAUUAUUCAGCAUUUGCAGAUCUUCUGGCAGAAUCUUCGCGUGUUCUAUGCCUCGUCGGUGCUGGACUCAGUGCACCAUCUGGCCUGGCCACCUGGCGUGGAACAAACGGGCUAUGGAACGACAUCAAUGUGAAAGAACUUGCUUCACCCAAAAAGUUUCGAGAAGAUCCAAUUACAGUGUGGAGAUUCUAUGGCGAGCGAUUACUCGAGGCGUUGGAAGCGAGGCCGAAUGCUGCACAUCAUGCGUUGGCGGCGCUGGCUGAUUGGCAUCAAGGAUGGCUUACUAUCAAUCAGAACGUUGAUGGGCUUCUCGAGCAAACUGGUCAUCCCAUGUCAAGGUUGCUGAACGUUCACGGUACAUUAAAGACUGUUCGAUGUACUGCAUGCAAUUACUCUAUCGACGUUCAUAAGCCAGAAGACGUCCCAUUUCUUCUUUCGUUAUCCAAUACUGACCACAAAGCACGUCCAGUUGCGCUAUCCGACCUUCCACAUUGCCCCCAAUGUGCAAAUCUCUUGCGCCCAAGAGUGGUUUGGUUUGGCGAAAGGCUUGCUGCUGGCGCACCAGACAAUGUUGAUGAGUGGAUGUCAGAAGAAUACAUUGAUUUGGUGAUUACGGCUGGGACUAGCUUGCAAGUUUUCCCAGCUGCAGAGUGGGUGAGCACUGCACGAGCAGAUGGAGCAUCCUUGGCUAUUAUUGAUACGGAAGACUACGAAACAGUGGAUGGCUUUGAUGAAGGGGACUGGCUCUUCAAAGGAGAUAUCGCAUUUACGCUACCUAAAAUAGUCGAUAUUCUCAAUUCAUGA